AUGGAGAUUAUUAUGCUAUUGACUGAAGCACUUCAACAAAUUCAUGUCCAUGCUAGGCGCAUAAAGCAAUAUCUUGGAGAAGAGAUAGAUCUUGAAGAGAAAGCUAUUGAGGAACAUGAAGGUUGUAGUGGCCCUUUGAAGAGAAGAAACCCUCCAAAAAUGAAGGAUCCAGGAGGCCUUACAAUUCCUUGCACCAUUGGGAAUGUGAAGAUAGGGAAAGCUUUACUUGAUUCAAGGUCAAGUAUUAAUUUGAUGCCCCUAUCUAUGCUGAAAAAGAUUGGUGGUCUGACAUUGAAGCUAACAAAUAUUUCCUCGGUUGUGGUGGAUGGAUCAUCAAAGAAACUUUAUGAUGUGGUGGAGGAUGUGGUGAUUCGCAUUGAAAGCCUUGAAUUCUUGGUUGAUUUUGUGGUGAUAGAGAUGAAGGAGGAUGAUAGGAUCCUAGUGAUUCUUGGAAGGUCGUUCAUGAAAAUGGCCAAAGUGGUCAUAAGUGUCUAUUAUGGGGUGAUUAUGCUUAAAGACCAAGAAGAAAAGGUGAUUUAUAAUCUCUCCAAAUAG